GACGCCGCAAUGCAAAUUUUCGUGAAAACCCUAACCGGUAAAACCAUCACCCUCGAGGUUGAACCCUCCGAUACCAUCGAAAAUGUCAAGGCAAAAAUCCAAGACAAGGAGGGUAUCCCACCAGAUCAACAACGUUUAAUCUUCGCUGGUAAACAACUGGAAGAUGGACGCACUCUUUCCGACUACAACAUUCAAAAGGAAUCGACGCUUCACUUGGUGUUGCGUCUUCGUGGUGGCAUCAUCGAACCCUCCCUUCGUAUUUUAGCUCAAAAAUACAAUUGUGACAAGAUGAUCUGUCGUAAAUGUUACGCUAGACUCCAUCCUCGCGCUACUAAUUGCCGUAAAAGCAAAUGUGGACACACCAAUAAUCUCCGCCCCAAAAAGAAGUUGAAGUAGAGAGUUGCUAUUUUUGCUUAUUUUUUACAUCUCAAAGGGAUAUUGAUAAGUUUUGAGGAGGAGGAGUUUAUCCUAGUUUGAUUGGUUUUAAAUUUAUGAUUAUAAAUUCCUUUGAAUAAUAAAAAAUGGUUGGAAAAUAAAA